ACGGUUUAGCACGGUUUAGCAGGUUUAGCAGGGUUAGCACGGUUUAGCACGGUUUAGCAGGUUUAGCAGGUUUGCAUUGCCCGUAGCAAUGGCCUCCUCCCCGGGCCCGCUCCGGAUCCUCUGUGUCCAUGGUUACCGGCAGCACGGCAGCGCGUUCCGGGAGCGGACCGGAGCGCUCAGGAAGGCUCUGAAAAAGCACGCGGAGCUGGUCUAUAUAACCGCCCCGCUGCGGGUGAGCGAGCCCGCACCGCAGCAAGAAGCCACGGCGGGCUUGCAAGCUGUGGAGCCCGACAGCCAGACGGAAGACCCAAGGGGCUGGUGGUUCUCUAACGCCCAGGAGCGGAGCUUCCACGCUGGGGAGAGCUGCCAGUCCUCCCUGGGCCUGGAGGAGAGCCUGGAGGCAGUGAGCCGAGUCGUGAGGGAGCAGGGCCCUUUCGAUGGGAUCCUGGGCUUCAGUCAGGGCGCUGCCCUGGUGGCGAUGAUCUGUGCCCUGCAGGGGCAGGCAGGGGGCGCUCAGGGCCAGUUCUCUUUCAGAUUCGCUGUCCUGAUCGCGGGGUUCCGGAGCGCAUGCGAGGAACAUGCCCGCUUUUACACCACGCCGGUCUCCAUGCCAACGCUGCACGUGUUCGGAGAAACGGACCGGGUCAUUCCGGACCACAUGAGCAGAGAGCUAGCCGCGGGUUUUGAGAACCCCCAAGUACUGACCCACACGGGGGGGCACUUUGUACCGGCCGCAGCGCCACAGAAAAAAGUCUAUUGCCAAUUCCUGGACACUUUUAUCAGUAAAUGAACUAAAUACAAAACAUCUGUACAAGUUAUUCCACAUGGUGAUUAACCCCUGAUGUACAGGCAGGGGGUGCUCGGGGGCAGUUCUCUAAUCAUAAUUAUUAUUUGAAUAUAUAAAAAGGUAUCUUUUUGAAUGA